GCGGGGCGCGGUUAAAAAGGCGCCGCCGCGCCGACAGGUGUCCAAGGCCGAGCGCCCGGCGCGCCGCGCUCUCCCGACUCCCAGCCGCCGCGGCGCCCCCGCCGACCCCCGGCCCCGCCGCGCGCUCAGCCCGUGCGCCCCGCUGCCAGCGAGCAAGCUGCCCGGCCGAGAAGAUGGACUGGGGCGGGCUGCAGUCGCUCCUGGGGGGCGUGAACAAGUACUCCACCAGCAUCGGGAAGGUGUGGCUGACGGUCAUCUUCAUCUUCCGCGUCAUGAUCCUCGUGGUGGCCGCGAAGGAGGUGUGGGGGGACGAGCAGGCUGACUUCGUGUGCAACACGCUGCAGCCCGGGUGCAAGAACGUGUGCUACGACCACUACUUCCCCGUGUCCCACAUCCGGCUCUGGGCGCUGCAGCUCAUCUUCGUGUCCACGCCCGCCCUGCUGGUGGCCAUGCACGUGGCCUACUACAGACACGAGAAGAAAAGGAAGUUCAUCAAGGGAGAGAUGAAGAGCGAAUUUAAGGACAUCGAAGAGAUCAAAAGCCAGAAGGUCCGCAUCGAGGGCUCGCUGUGGUGGACCUACACCGGCAGCAUCUUCUUCCGGGUCAUCUUCGAGGCCGCCUUCAUGUACGUGUUCUACGUCAUGUACGACGGCUUCGCGAUGCAGCGCCUGGUGAAGUGCAACGCGUGGCCCUGCCCCAACACGGUGGACUGCUUCGUGUCCAGGCCCACGGAGAAGACCGUGUUCACGGUUUUCAUGGUCGCCGUGUCUGGAAUUUGCAUCCUACUCAAUGUCACGGAAUUGUGUUACCUGCUGAUUAGAGUUUGUUCCGGAAAGUCCAAAAGACCAGUGUAACACAGUAGCCAGCUUCAGAUAAAAGAUAGCAUCAGGAUGGAGCCGUGUGCCCGGCGGUGGGCACGGGCCCCCGAGCCUCCCAGGUCCAGCGUCCCGUCUUCAAGGCCACCUUUGACCCCCUGUGGAUCUCACGUGGGACCCCAGGUGCCUCCAGGGGCUGCAGCCCCUGGAGGGCAGAGCUCCAAGCCUCUGCCACUUUUCUCUGAAAAAGCUGGCGGGGGGGCGGUGCCGACAGUACUUCCCUAUUUCAGACAAAGAACGUGGCGUUUGUUUCUCUUUCUUUGAGGAAAGGAGAGAAACGCCAGGGCCUGAAGCCGGCGCUGAGAAGCUCUGGUCAAUCCAGUGAGGGCUCCCUUUGCCAUUUCCCCUGAAUUAAAGGUGAACAUAACGUAGAGAAUCUUGGUUCUUUUAUUUCCUUUGACGUUUUAGUCUUUAACAAUGGACGAGGUUACCUAGUGCUUCAAACUCUGUUAUACUUUUUUAAGUGAAAAUUUAAAAUAAGAUAUGCUCUUUUGAUCUACAAAGAACCACUCAUUAUAUGUUCCUCUAAUUUCAAAGGCUCAGAUUAUGAUAUGUAAACAGCAUAUAAUUAGAUGCUCCCAUUGAAUUUACAUAUGGCCUUUCAGGUAGGAAGGGUUUGCAGUGCCCCCAAGAGGCUAUCAUGUGAAGCGUGGUGUGUGCUGCAUUUCAGCUUCUCUCGAGCACUGCAAACUAGAAGUCCUUAGUGAUGGCUUUCAAUAGCGAACGGCCUCAUUUCAAAAGUUUAGAUGUGAUUUUGCAUGAGAGAUACAGACUGGAUGUAACACCAGCUACUACCAACAGUGGGUGGGGAGAACGCUGACUUAAAGAGGUGGCUUGUGAGUAUUUUAUUGCCACAGUACGAUUUAAUGCUGCAGAACAAAAUGGCAACAUUGGGGGGUGAGGGUAGUUACUGUUUCUAAAGAACAGAUGGAAAGACUAAAUUCUGACAAUUAAAAAUGUUUCAUCUACUUCAAA